AUGCCUCUCUUUAUCCAAAAGAACCUCUUAUUGUGUGUGUUGGUGUUGCUAUCACUAGACAAUGUUCUUGGAGAGCAUGUGAUCAUUACCAACAAAUUGCUAGGACAUAGUGAUUUAGUUGUUCAUUGCAAGUCUAGAGAUGAUGAUCUUGGAGUUCAUGUUCUUCGUUAUGGUGAAAGUACUGAUUGGAAGUUUGGACUUAAAAUUUUUGGAGGAACAUUAUUCUAUUGUUCCUUUCAGUGGAACGGUGGCAACCUACAUUGGAUUGAUAUAUACAAACAGCGAAGAGAUAUUCAUACAUGUAGAACUUGCAAUUGGUUUAUAGUGGAAACCGCGGCAUGUAGAUAUGAGCGUAAUGGUCCUGUUUGCUAUGAUUUUAAUAACUAA